AAUUUACAAAGGGUAGUAAAUUAAAUUACGCGUAGUAAAUUAAAUUUCCCUCAUUGUAUGCAUCUCAAUAAUGGGCAACAUCAAAGUCGAAAACCGACCGAAAGGCGGCGCACCUCGCCUCGAUGUAGCAUCAGCAACGAAAUCGGAGUCACUUUGUCGUAACAAUUCCUGCAGCGUCUGCUUUAUCCUGAGUUUAAUUUGCAUCUAUCUGGCAACAUUAAUCGUUCUACUAGAUCAAACUGUCGUCGAGGCAGCAAGCUACGAUCAACAUGAUUCGAAUAGAUCAGAGGCAUAUACAACAUCGUUUGAUUCCAAUGAAAGUUUUAUAUUACCAAAAAAAGUCAUACCUCUCCAUUAUAAUAUUUACUUACAUCCGAAGCUUAAAGAGGGUACAUUUUCCGGAAAGGUGACCAUUCUCAUUAAUGUCAAACAGGAUUACAACAAGAGAUUCAUAGCUCUUCAUCAAAAGAGUCUCAAUGUCAAAUCUGCAAAAUUAAUGAUGUACGAUUUAGAUAAAAACUAUGAAAUUAACAUCUCUUGCAUCAAUAAACCUUCCAAAUAUGAGAUUUUUACGAUAUUAACUGAAAACGAGAUUAAAUCCGGAUUAUAUCACUUGAGUUUAGAAUUUGACGGAAGUCUAAAAGACAAAAUGGACGGAUUUUAUUCCAGCACAUAUCAGUAUACGAGUGGUAAAAUUAAUAAAACCAGGUACAUUGGGACUACCCAGUUCGAACCAACUUAUGCUAGACAAGCUUUUCCGUGCUUCGAUGAACCCCAUUUGAAGGCAAAAUUUUCGAUAAAACUGGUUUAUCCUAUGGAUAAUGGCUAUCAUGCUUUGUCCAAUAUGAAUGUAAAGAGAACGCAGGUACAUACACCGAAACGUAAUCUAGCAACAGUGACCUUUGCAAAAAGUGUACGUAUGUCCACGUACCUAGUUGCUUUUGUUAUUAGCGACUUUAUCGGCACAAGUAAAAUGGCAAAGGGCUUAAAUGGGCGAGAAUUUCCGGUUAGUGUUUAUACCACAAGACUUCAAUCGAAGGAGAAAAGAGAUUUUGCAGUGGAUAUUGGUGUAAAAGCUAUCGAAUAUUUCAUAAACUUAUUCAAAAUAGAUUAUCCAUUACCAAAACUCGAUAUGGUUGGAAUUCCCGAUUUUAAAUUUGGCGCUAUGGAAAAUUGGGGCAUAGUGACUUACAGAGAAACAAGGUUGAUUUAUGAUGACCGUAGUAACUCCAUUUAUGAUAAGCGCGCAGUAAUUAUCGUAAUCUGUCAUGAACUAGCACACAUGUGGUUUGGAAAUCUCGUUACUAUGAACUGGUGGAAUGAUUUAUGGCUCAAUGAAGGUUUCGCUACAUUUAUGGCUUCUAAAUGUGCAGACGCGAUUGUACCAAACCAGGGAUAUAUGGAGGAAUUUCCUAUUGAAGUAAUGCAGAAUGUGUUUGUUACUGAUUCAAAAUUAAGCUCUCAUCCUAUCGUUGAUAAUGUCCAAAAUACAGCUGAUAUUGCAUCAUUCUUUGAUGACGUAUCUUAUCAAAAGGGAUCAUCUAUAAUCCGCAUGAUGGAAAAUUUCUUUGGAUCUGAUGUCUUCUUCGGUGCAAUUAGUACCUAUUUGAAUAAGUAUGCCUAUAAGAAUGCAGAGACGGGGGAUCUCUUCGAGGUUUUGCAAGAUGCAGUUGGAAACAAAUUAAAUGUAACAGCUGUAAUGGACACUUGGACGCGACAAGAAGGCUUUCCCGUUAUUAACUUGGAAAAGUCUGAAAACAAAUUUAUAUUAACUCAGAAACGAUUUUUGGACGAUCAAGAUGCCAAAUUCAAUCCUUCAGAAUCCAAUUACAGAUAUCGAUGGACCGUACCCAUUACUUAUAUCACUAACAGAAACAAGAAACCCACUCUUGUAUGGUUCGACAGGAAUGCGAAUAAAUUGGUGAUUCAGGUCGAUAGACAUACCAAAUGGAUUAAAUUAAAUGCAGGUCAAAUUGGUUUUUAUCAAGUUAAUUACAAAAAGGAAUGGAAAACUUUCAAGGAGUUGUUUCGUUCUUACCAUACGAAAAUAUCCCCAUUGGAUCGAGCGAAUCUUUUGGGCGACAUGUUUAGUUUAGCUGAUGCUGGUGAGAUCGAAUAUGACACUGUAAUGGAUAUAAGUGUAUAUCUCAUCAAGGAAAAUCAUGCUCUUCCAUGGAUGGUUGCGAAAUCGAAAUUGAUGACAAUGCAUACUCUGUUAGCUUCUUCAUCUAAACCGUAUAUUGCGGACAAGUUUCAGUCUUUCAUAUUGAGAUUGGUAGACGCCGUCUACAAGAAUAAUGUAGCUUGGCUCGAUAAGACACACACAACUAAGGAUGUGCCGUUAACACACAUGAACAGAAUACUGCGAUCUACGGUAAUCGAAUUGGCCUGUGCAAUGGGUUCACCUGAAUGCCUAAAAAGAGUCGGAGAGUUUUCUAAGGAAUGGCUGAUAGAAAAGAAGCCGCAGCGUCCUGAUAUUCGCGAAUUGGUUUAUUACUAUGGUAUGCGUUAUCAUUCAGAUAAGAACAAGUGGAACGUCAUGUUCGAAAAAUUUAAAAACGAGACUGAUCCUAAUGAGAAAAAUAAAAUAAUGAUAGGAUUAUCAGGCAUAAAAUCCACUAAAGUUUUAAAAGAGUACAUUACCAGAGCAACUAAUGAGAAAUAUGUCCGUACUCAAGAUUUCUUGAGAUGCUUGACUAUGAUUUCCAGAAAUCCCAAUGGAACAUCAUUGGUGUGGAACUGGGUACGCGAGAACUGGAAAUUUUUGGUGAAUAGGUACACUCUGAACGAUCCAUAUCUUGGUCGACUUAUACCAUCCAUUACGCGUUCCUUCGCUACACAAAGUAGACUAGAUGAGAUAAAAGCCUUCUUCAAGAAAUAUCCUGAAGCUGGUGCCGAAUUCUCAGAAGUAUUUGUAAUAAAUCGCAUCGGAUUUUUGAUCAUCUUCUUUACGUCUCGCGUAAGGAAAAUCCUUCUAAAGGAUAUUAAAUUAAAUUAUUCGGUUUUCUUUUGUUUUAUCCCAAUAAUGGGCAACAACAAAGUCGAAAGCCGACCGAAAGGCGGCGCGCUUCGUCUCAAUGCAACACCAGUAACGAUAUCGAAGCCACUUUGUAGUAACAACACCGUUUCCGCUCUCCUCUGUUUUACCUGCGGUGCUUGCUUUAUCUUGAGUUUAAUUUGCACCUGUCUGGCAAUAUUAGUCGUUUUGCUGGACCAUACUGUCGAGGCAACGAGCUACAGUCGACACGAUUCGAAUAGACCAGAAGCAUAUACAAUAAUGUCUGAUCCUGAUGAAAGCUUCAGAUUGCCAAAAGAAGUCGUACCUAUUCAUUAUGACCUUUACUUGCAUCCAAAACUUAAAGAAGGUACAUUUUCCGGAAAGGUGACCAUUCUCAUUGAUGUCAAACAAAACAACAAUAGGACAUCCAUAGCUCUUCAUCAAAAGGAUCUCAACAUCACAUCUGUAAAAUUAAUAACGUAUGGACUAGAUGAAGACUAUGAAAUUAAUAUUUCGUCCAUCAGCAAGCCUACUAAAUAUGAAAUUUGUAUGAUAACAACUGAAAACGAUAUCAAAUCCGGAUUAUAUAACUUGAGCCUGGAAUUUGAUGGAAGCCUCAAGGAUAAAAUAGUUGGAUUUUAUAACAGCAAAUAUCAGUAUAAGAGUGAUAAAAUUAACGAAACCAGGUACAUUGCAACUACCAAAUUCGAGCCAACUUAUGCUAGACAAGCUUUCCCGUGUUUCGAUGAACCCAACUUUAAGGCAGAAUUUUCGAUAAAACUAGUUCAUCCUAUGAAUGAUUGCUACAGUGCCUUAUCCAAUAUGGAUAUAAAGAGUACGCAACUACAUACACCGGAACGUGAUCUAGCAACAGUGACUUUCACAAAAACUGUACCCAUGUCCACGUACCUAGCUUGUUUUAUUAUCAGUGACUUUGUUGGCACAAGUAGAAUGGCGAACGGAUUAAAUGAUCGAAAAUUUCCGAUCACUGUCUAUACUACAAGACUGCAGUCGAAGGAGAAAAGAGAUUUUGCUUUGGAUAUUGGCGUGAAAGCUGUCGAAUAUUACAUAAACUUAUUCAAAAUAGAUUAUCCAUUACCAAAACUCGUCACCAUGAAGUGGUGGAAUGAUUUAUGGCUCAACGAAGGUUUUGCUACAUUCAUGGCAUCUAAAUGUUCAGAUGCGAUUUUACCACAUCAAGGAUAUAUGGAGGAAUUUCCUGUUGAAGUAAUGCAGAAAGUGUUCGUUCCCGAUUCAAAGUUGAGUUCUCAUCCUAUAGUUUAUAAUGUCCAAAAUGCAGACGAUAUUACAUCAUUCUUUGAUGGAAUAUCUUAUAAAAAGGGAGCAUCUAUAAUCCGUAUGAUGGAGAACUUCUAUGGAUCUGAUAUCUUCUUCAGUGCAAUUAGUACCUAUUUGAAUAAGUAUGCCUAUGAGAAUGCAGAGACGGCGGAUCUCUUUGAGGUUUUACAAGAUGCGAUUGGAAACAAAUUAAAUAUAACAGCUAUAAUGGAUACUUGGACACGACAAGAAGGCUUUCCUCUUGUUAACGUGAAGAAGUCUGGAAAUAAAUAUACAUUAAUCCAAAAACGAUUUUUAGAUGAUCAAGAUGCCAAAUCCGAUCCUUCAAAAUCAAGUUAUGAAUAUCGAUGGACCAUACCUAUUGUUUAUAUCACUAACAGAAACGAAGUACCUACUCUUGUAUGGUUCGACAAGGAUGCAAAUGAAGUGGUGAUCGAGGUCGAUGAACGUACGAAGUGGUUUAAAUUAAAUGCUGGUCAAGUUGGCUUCUAUCGAGUUAAUUAUAACGAGGAAUGGGAAACAUUCAAUAAGUUACUUCGAUCUCAUCAUACGAGAAUAUCAAUGUUGGAUCGAGCAAAUCUUUUGGAUGAUAUGUUUAGUUUAGCUGAGGCCGGUGAGAUCGAAUACAAUACUGUGUUGAAUAUAAGUAUGUAUCUCACCGAAGAGCAUCAUUCUCUUCCAUGGGCGGUUGCAAAGUCGAAACUGAUGACGAUUUAUACUCUGUUAACUUCCUCGACUGAACCAUUUAUUGCAAACACGUUUCAGUCUUUCGUCUCGAUAUUGGUAGACACCAUCUACAAGGAUGUAUCUUGGACCGUCGAUGAUGCAAUUGAAGAAGAUGUGCCGCACAUUGAUAAUAGAGUGCGACCGACGGUAAUCGAAUUAGCCUGUGCAAUGGGUUCAUCUGAAUGCUUGAAAAGAGCCGGAGAACUUUUCAAGGAAUGGCUGUUAGAAGAGAAGCCGCAGCAUCCUGAUAUUCGCGAAUUGGUUUAUUACUAUGGUAUGCGCUAUCAUUCGGAUGCAAGUGAGUGGAGUACUAUGUUUGAAAGAUUUAAAGACGAGACUGAUCCUGGCGAGAAGAAUAAAAUAAUGGCAGGAUUAGCAGGGAUACAAUCCAUUGAUGUUUUAAAGGAAUAUAUUAUCAGAGCAACUGACGAAAGAUUUGUCCGCGCUCAAGAUUUCUUGAAAUGCUUGAUUAUGAUUUCCAAAAAUCCUGACGGUACAUCGUUGGUGUGGGAUUGGGUACGCGAGAACUGGGAAUUCUUGGUGAACAGAUACACGUUGAACGAUCGAUAUCUCGGUGAUCUUAUACCAUCCAUUACAAGUUCCUUCGCCACACAAACAAAGCUGGACGAAAUAAAAGCUUUCUUUGAGAAAUAUCCUGAAGCCGGUGCCGGUGCAGACGGUCGAGCCAAAACACUCGAGACAGUUUCGAAGAAUAUCAAAUGGCUUGCUAAAAAUACUAAAAAAUUCGAUAAAUGGUUCUCAGAAAACUGGCCAUUUAAUAAAACCCGUUAAAUAUACAACAAAAAUAUACAAGAUAGCUGAAAAGGAAGAAAGACUUAAUACAUACCAAUUUUUAACAGUUAUGCAUAAGAACAAUUUUUUUAAUCUUAGUAUUUUAUGCGUUAACUGCUGGAAAUCACUGGUAGUCUGAAGAUAACUAAUUGUGGUUUUGUAUGUUAAUUACUGUUAAAAAAAAGAAACUGUUCAAUAAGAACGUCAAAAUUUUCUUGCGAGAUACGGUGCACAAGAAAAUUGUAUUCAAUACGCUGCAAUUACAUUAUGUGUGAUGAAAUUUAUUCUGUCACGUAAUUAAUAAUUGUGGCAGCAUUAUCAGAUAUGCUAAAUACGAAUUAAGGUACAUAUGCAUUUGUGCGAAGCAUAUACCUUUUAUGCAAGGCAUUUAUAAAUCUUGAUACUGAAAUAUAUACAACUUUAUAGAAAUAUAAUUUUGCGAUUAAAUACAGCACGUUUAAUAUUGUCAACUAACGAUCUUUUCCCUAGUUGUAAAUCUUUGAUUGUCCUGUAAAGCCCAUUCUACAAUUGCAUAAGCGUAUGUAAAUGAUUAUACUCUUCUUAUAUUCGAUUGUGAUUGAUCAAUUUUUACAAUUAUAAUCACUUAUAACUACGCAAUUGUAGAAUGAGCUUAGACAUAAAAAUGAAAAUUCGUAAAGGUCGGAUCUAUUAUAAGCUUCAUCGUAUUACGUUUUAUUUCUCUUAUAAGUGGUUUAAUACACCUUGAUUGGCCCGUUAUGAUCAAUAAUAUAACGUAGAGAGGGAUGAUAAAAACGUUUUAAUUCAUCAUAAUACAGUGCGCGAAUAUUUCUUGCGAUACUACGCUCCAAAUGCUCUAUAUUACACAAUAUCUUUCCUUCUAAAAAAAUUUUUAUAAAUUUA